GUUUUCGCAUGCUUUGUUUAUCUCGUUAUUAAGAAUGCAUUAAUAAUACUCUAAGUAACAACAAUUGGCAUGUUUUUUCAAAAUAAAAUAAAUAUUCAAAUCUCAUUAAGUAAAAUUGCAUAAUAAAUUUUAAAAAUUAAUGAUUUAUUUUAAAUACCGACACCAUCAAUCAGGUUAUUUAUUGAAGAAGAAAGACAUAAUAUAUACAAUUAUUAUUGGUUAUCAAAUUUUAACAUCAAUUAAAAUUCAUAAUUUUACUUGAUUAAUUCGAUUAUAAGUCAGUAAAAAAAAAAUAGAAUUUAAAUUCUUUGGCCCUUUGGAAAAAAUUCCAGCCAUGAAUUUUAAUUCUUCAUCGAAUAUUCCACACGAGUAUCUCCCUACUGUUGUUCUUGAAAAACUUGAUAUUCCUGAAAAUAGUAUUGUCAUUGUCGCAACUAAUUCUGAGGACAUCGAUGCUGAUGAUCAAAAAAAUUCAGAAUCAAAUCGUAAAGUCUGCUACAAAAUUCGGAGCAUCGAAUACAUUUGCCAGCGCUGCUCUCAAUCAUUUAGCACAGCAGAGUUGCAUCGAAAGCAUAUUUUAUGUCACCAUGCCAAGGAAGAACGCGACAAACCAGCAGAAUGCGACACUGCAUCUAAAGUAUCAGAUUCAAACCAAGUAAUCAAGACCCAGAUAAAUAAACAGCGUCACCAAUGUCAUUGUGAUUACACCCGUAAAUUUUCAUUUACUCCAAGACAUCACAUUCGUUCGCAUACUGGCGACCUGAACAAAUUGAUACAUUCUCAUAAUUACUCGAGUAUUAAAAAAAAUUACAUCCGUCGUUGUGAAAAAUCAUUCUGUCAUAAAUUUUCUAGAUCAAAUAGUCAAAUUAUAUGUCAUGAUAUGAAAUCUUAUGUCCAUUAGAUCUUACAGAAAGCUUGAUUGUUUUAAUAUAUUAGAAAUAUGUAGAUAAAUAUGAUUAAAUGUUGCGAAAAGUCACAUGAAAAGUAAACUUUUUUA